UCCGCCGGGACGCGGGAACGGGGAGCUUUCAAACGGUUUGGCGGUUGUGUACUGGCCGAACGGUUACUGCCUUGAAACACAAUGUCUGACAAUAGGUUGCAGAGUGGGGAAAGGCUACCUGUAGUUUGAUUGGAAGAGCUGUGGCCGUGAGAGUAGUACCUUCGGGAGUAGGUACAGCCUUCCCUCGCCCCCCGCCCCCCCCUCCCCUUUCCCUCUUGGGCUAUCGGCCGCAAUGUGCUCCGACUGGAGAGGUGCCCGGAGCUGGAGAGGGCCCAGAGGGGGUCCGGCAGGCGGAUGGAGGGGCAGACCCUGGAGAGGGAGAGGAAACUGGGACAAGACCAGAAGAGGUGCAGGAACUUUUCAACAGAUAACACCUCAUCCACGCCUAAUUCAAGGAACCUUGGAUCAGUUUAUACCAUAUAAAGGAUGGAAGCUUUACUUUUCAGAAGCCUAUGUUGGGAGCUCCCCUUUUGUACAGAAGAUUAGUGCAUUUGAAAAAUUUUUCACAAAUCAUAUUGAUUUGUAUGACAAGGAUGAAAUAGAAAGAAAAGGAAGUAUCCUGAUUGACUUUAAAGAGCUUGUAAAUGAUGAAGAGUUGAAAGCUCUGAUGCCAAAUUUAGCCACUGAAUUGAGGGAAAUGCCAGAAAAACUGUUGGAUUGCUUGGGAUUGGCAGUUCAUCAGGUAAUAACUAGAGACCUUGAAAAACAGGCAGCUCAGUUGGAGCAAGGACUACCGAAUGAAGAUGUUCCAAUUGUAAAUGUCCCUUUCAUUCACGCAAGAGUUUUUAACUAUGAGCCUUUGACAUCGUUGAAAAAUUUGCGAGCUAACUGCUAUGGAAAAUAUGUUUCCUUGCGUGGGACAGUUGUCCGUGUCAGCAACGUCAAACCUUUCUGCACUAGAAUGGCCUUCACUUGUAAUACGUGCGGAGAUACUCAGAGCCUCCCUCUUCCUGAUGGAAAAUUCACGCUCCCUACAAAGUGUUCAGCACCAGAAUGUCGCAGUCGGUCAUUCACUCCGAAUAGAAGCUCUCCUUUAACAGUUACUGUGGACUGGCAAUCUAUCAAAUUGCAGGAGCUUGCAUCAGAUGACAAGAGAGAAGCUGGGAGAAUCCCUCGCACUAUAGAAUGUGAGCUUAUCCAGGACUUGGUAGACAGUUGUGUUCCAGGUGAUAUGGUAACUGUCGUAGGGAUUGUAAAAGUGGCAAACAGCAGUGAAGGGAAGACUAGAAACAAAGAUGACAAGUGCAUGUUUUUUUUGUACAUUGAGGCCAACUCUAUCAGUAACAGUAAAGGACGGAGAAUUGUGAGUUCUGAAGAGGUACCUGGUGAAACAGCCUCAAUGGAAUUUACACUUAAAGAGCUUUACGCAAUUCAAGAAAUUCAAGCUGAAGAGAACCUUUUCAAGUUAUUUGUUAACUCCUUGUGUCCUGCUAUAUAUGGUCAUGAGCUCGUCAAAGCAGGAUUGGCAUUGGCUCUCUUUGGAGGCUGUCAAAAAUAUGUGGAUGAUAAAAAUCGGAUUCCAAUCAGAGGUGAUCCUCAUGUGCUCAUAGUUGGUGAUCCUGGACUUGGAAAGAGUCAAAUGUUGCAGGCAAUGUGUAAUGUUGCUCCACGGGGAGUUUAUGUCUGUGGUAACACCACCACCAGUUCGGGACUUACUGUAACUUUAUCAAAGGACAGUGGAUCAGGAGACUUUGCCCUGGAAGCAGGGGCUCUUGUACUUGGCGAUCAAGGCAUUUGCUGCAUUGAUGAAUUUGAUAAAAUGGGUAACCAGCACCAAGCCUUACUGGAAGCCAUGGAACAACAGAGUAUCAGUCUAGCUAAAGCUGGAAUUGUUUGCAACUUGCCAGCCAGAACUUCAAUUCUUGCAGCUGCUAAUCCAGUCGGGGGCCAUUAUAGUAAAGCUAAAACGGUCUCUGAGAAUUUGAAAAUGGGAAGUGCCUUACUUUCAAGAUUUGAUUUGGUAUUUAUUCUGCUUGAUACUCCAAAUGAAGAUCAUGACAACCUUCUUUCAGAGCAUGUCAUGGCUUUGCAUGCUGGGAAGAAAACAACCUUGAGCGGUGCCACAGCUUUACGUCAAAGCACACAAGACACUAAUAUAUCAAUCCUUGAAAUUGCCUCAGAUAAACCAUUAUCAGAAAGAUUGAAGGUUUACCCUGGAGAACACUUUGAUCCUAUUCCUCAUCAGUUACUAAGAAAAUAUGUAGGUUAUGCACGUCGAUAUGUUUGUCCAAAGUUAUCUGCUGAAGCAGCUCAAGUACUCCAAGACUUCUACCUCGAGCUAAGGAGACAAAAUCAAGGUCCAGAUAGUACACCAAUUACUACAAGACAGCUGGAGUCUCUUAUAAGACUUACAGAGGCAAGAGCAAAAUUAGAACUCCGAGAAAAUGCAACAAAAAGUGAUGCAGAAGACGUUGUGGACAUCAUGAAACACAGCUUAUUGGAUACUUUCUCUGAUGAGUUUGGAAGAUUGGAUUUUCAACGCUCACAACAUGGUUCUGGUAUGAGCAAACGGUCCCAGGCAAAAAGAUUUGUGGCUGCUCUGAACAGGGUAGCAGAACAAACUUAUAAGACUGUUUUUGAAUUUCAUCAACUCAAGCAAUUAGCAAGAGAAAUACAGAUACAGGUGUCUGACUUUGAGGGAUUUAUCCAUUCUUUGAAUGACCAGGGCUACUUGUUAAAAAAGGGGCCAAGGCUUUAUCAACUCCAGACUGUGUGAUUGCUGAUUGAUCACAAAAAUAUCUUUGUACAGUUAUGCUAACUCCCUUUAAAGGAGAGCAAAGGCAAGGAGAACUGCAAUGAAAUCUAUCUUUGGUGAUAUUAUCAUUAUGUUAUAAAUGUUUCAAGUUUCGAGUCAGUAAAAUAGUAUGAGAUUGUUGAGCCAUUUAAUAAUAAUCUCUGGAUAGAAGGUAGUGUUAACUUUUCAGGUUCAGGGACCUUUCUGAUGUGAAGAUUUGCAAUGUUAACUCUGCUUUCUCUCCACAGACACUGCUAGACCUAAGUUUAUCCAAAAAAUUCUGUUCUUAUUUCAGAUAUCCAGUGCGCACAGUUAUUUAUUUAAUCAUAAUGCUAGAUUUGAAAAAAAUACUCAGGCUUUAAAAAUGUAACUAGCCCAUUCUAGCAAGAUAGAUGCACAAAUUCGCUUAAUUUCAUAAAGUUUCGAAAGUGUUGAUAGAAAUAGUUAGUCCUCAUUAUUUCUCCAACCACAUAAAUAAAAGUAACUGUUGUAUUCUAAAUUUUGCUGUGUUUUCGAAAGAUGGGCUUGAACCUACAGCCCAUGUAUUGCACAUAACAAGUUUUGGUGUUGGCUGUAGUUUUGAAGAAAGAAUACAAAUCAAUUCAGAAACAUCAGAAGGAAGAAACAAAUUGCAGUGCAUUGUUUCUGUGUACUUUUCAUCUUGUUGGUGCAUUGCAUCCCACUUGGAAAAAUGGAGAAUAAAAAGCUGACAGUUGUAUAAUGCGUUGGAUGGAGUUAAUUGAACCAGUGUGUGUGGAUAUACUAUAAUUGUGAUUUUAAAAUUGUACAAUUCUGUCUUCAUUUACUACUUGCUAUUACCAAAUUAUUUUACUUAAGUUCUAUAAUGGAAACAUCUUAUGUAAACUUGCUACUUUAUAGCUGCACCCUCUCAAUGGUAGUAUUAUAGAAUCUCUGCUGGUGGCAAGAUGUGAAUAUAUAUGUUAAUUUUACAUAAGUUUACAUCACAAACGCCAAACCUAAGAAUUUAUAAUGGAAGAAUGUUGAUUUAAGUUUAAGAUGAAAGAAUUUUAAUAAUCAUAGAAAUGAAUCAGAAUAAAACCUGUUGGAGCUCUAUUAAUGUGUCUUUGUUGGGUAUCUGAAAUUCAAGGAAUAUCUUGGUCCCUAGGGUGCUUAUUACCUUAUCUGAAUUUUAUCUGUGCUUGUCACAAAAAACAAUGUGGAAGUAUUGGAUUUCUGUGAAUUUAAGGCAUUAUUAGUGGGGAUAAGGACCUGCUCAAACCAUCUGCACAGAUGUGUAGUGAGAAGUUUUUGAAGAAAGAUACUUUUCAGUCUAUAAACAUUGCUGUUAAAUUAGUCUUUUUUUAUUUUCGUGGGUUCUUGUGUUAUUUAAUAAGUGUUUUCUCAAUUCUUUGUAGAAACUUUACUUCACAUGUUCAUGAAAAGUGUAAUUUAUGCUAAAAAUCUGUAAUUCUGUCAUACAUAAGUAUUGA